CAAAACCGACCAGUGGCCGCAGAAGUUGAUCAUGCAGCUCAUCCCGCAGCAGCUCCUGACCACGCUGGGGCCCCUGUUCCGCAAUUCCCGCAUGGUCCAGUUCCACUUCACCAACAAAGACCUGGAGUCGCUCAAGGGCCUCUACAGGAUCAUGGGCAACGGCUUUGCCGGCUGCGUGCACUUCCCGCACACGGCGCCGUGCGAGGUGCGCGUCCUCAUGCUCCUCUACUCCUCCAAAAAGAAAAUUUUCAUGGGCCUCAUCCCCAACGACCAGAGCGGCUUCGUCAACGGCAUCCGCCAGGUCAUCACCAACCACAAGCAGGUGCAGCAGCACAAGAUGGACCAGCAGCGCGGGGUGAGCCCGUGA